AUGGAUAAUCAAAUACUCAAAUCGCGAUUUCGUUCCCUAAUAUCGAUCAUCUGGAGGAAAAAGCCUGACAUCGCGACGAGACUUCCAUCAAAAGUAGUCCACUCAACCCUCCAAUUUCUCUCAAUACCAGACCAAAUAUGCUACGCCUUAACUUGCAAGUCUCUAUACACCCAUUACAUUUCAUUCUUAGAAACUCACGACCGACAGCGGCUCUUCCCACUUCUCCACACAGACGAACGCUUACUAUACCGCAAAAUCAAUCUCGAGAAUGCCAACAUACUACAAGUGCAGCACCUGCUAAUCCCACGGCUUGAGACCAGCCGUUGGCGGCAUUGCGAUGAAUGCUGGAAACUUCAUCGUCCUUCAGCAUGGAGGCCGCGCUUAUUUUCAUGGCAGAAGGACCAUUCGUGCAUGCCAUUUGCUGGCAAGGUUGAUCUCUGCCCUUGCAUGACAAUCACCUUCUUGAAUGCACUUCACUUGCUUACCGCCACAAAAUAUACACCGUUCAAGCAUGAAUGCACCUUCAGAGAUCAUAGGCUUGCAGACGUUGAUAUAAUCACUGAAGUUGGCUUGAGUGCGACGCAUGAAGAGUUACUGGUAAAAAAUAAAUAUACAUUCAGAUUAUUACUUCAAAACUGCUCCCCAAAGGUGCUGUCAUUCUUGGGGAUACGGGCUUCUUUGCUGACAUCACGCAAAAACAUCGAGAGUUGGCUUCAAAGCUUUUUCGACGAGGCCAAGUCAAGUUUUAUGGGAUGGGGUAUGCCCUGCAAGGUGGAUGCAUCACUAUUACAUUGUGAUUUCAAGGAAGAGAAGAAGACAGACGGCAGAUUGCGCAAUCUUGAAAUAAUUGUCGUGCGCAAUCUUGGGAGCGGAAAAUGGACUGAUACAAAAUGGAAAGCGAAUCGUUGCAGGAGAUGGAAGCGGCAGCAAAUACCAACUGUACCAAUCGUUCAGGACCUUUCUAGAGAUACAAACGAAUCUUGUGACAAUUCGUCAGCCUCAAUCUUGAGCAUCUGGAACUUGAUUGAGGAAGAGCGGAUGGCAUGGUCCUGCUUGUAA